AUGGGGCUUGCUCACUAUCAAGGCCAGCGCGCCGAAAUUGGCCAACAUGUUUCCUCGAUUUCUCAAAAGACAGCCUCUUCGUCAUCCAUCUUUCGCCGACUAGUCGCUAGAGAAAACUGCAAGGAUGACAACACUUGCGCAGCAGCAAGUGCAAGCAGCUUGGUCGUUCCUAUCGUCAUCGCUAUCAUUGUGCCUAUUGUUCUUAUUGUCGGCUUCUUGUUCUACCUUCAUCGUAGAAACAUGAAGAAGCAGUUGAUGGAGGAUGCCCACGACCCCCACAAGAGCCUGGACUUCGGACUGGACGAUGGCAGCGGAAAGAAGUCUGCUCGUCGUAGCAUCUUUAUGGGAGGGGGUGAGAAGACACUCGCCCACAAACCCAGUCAGCUGUCAAUGGAUAUGAACCUCUCAUCGCCUUACUUGUUGCCUCCAGGCCUUCAGGAAUCGCGCGAGUCACUCAACUCUCUGGCUAAGUCGUUGGGAAAUGAUAAUCAGGACCCUUACCAGUACGUUGCAGCCAUUACGCAAAGCGAGACCGGCUCAUUGCGGUCCUUUAAACCCAAGGAUUCCCACUCGCACAAUACUAAAUUUAACAGUCCCCGUAACUCGGGUAAGCCUGGAAGUCUCAAGAUGCCUCCCUCGCGCAUGAACUCCUUACCUGAGACACCAGUCUCUGCAACUGAAUCCAGAGUCGAUCCUUUCGGCACUCCCAAGAUGCCCGCGCCAGCCCACCAAGCCAAGUCUCCUUUUGAUUCUGACAAUGAUGGUUUCCACCCUGCUCCUAUCGUCCCUGAGAUUGGAGUCGUUUCCGACUUCGAUGAGAAGCAUGCUGUUCCCUCUGUUCAACAACCUCCUGUCGCGCGAUCCAAGACUCCUGAUUUUGAGUUGCCCAACUUCUCACAGGAACCUGCUACCGACUUCCCUCUGCCUCCUGCUCGUGAGCAUGAGGCAACUGGUCUGGGUUUGAACUUCUCUCUUCCUCAGCCCAAGUCUCCUACCGUGUCCUCUCCCGAUGCUCCGAAAUCCGCUCCUCUUGCUCAAAACCGACAGAGCGAAGGUUCCAACUAUGCUGCCGCUGACAUUUCAAGUUACUAUGAGGACCAUGAUGACGACGCCCGUGGUCGUUCCAUGCAGCGAGGAUCAUUUGUCGAAGCUGCGCCUCAGCAGAAUGCCCUCGGAGUUCCUCAUCAAGACAGCAAGCGCCUUUCAGUUGGAUUCCGACCUCUUCCUCCGGAUGAUAUCAACGAGUCUGAGGAUCCUGAGUACCGUGCCAACCGUAUCCGUUCUUUCUACAAGGAGUACUUUGGAGAGAGCGAGGAGGCGCCUCCACCAAUGCCUCCUAUGCCUGCUAUGGCCCAAGGUGGUGCUCCUGCUCGCGCUCCUCGUGCCGCCGCCGCCGCUCAGUACUAUGAGGAUUACGAUCAAGGUUAUAUGGGUGGUGACCAAGCCUACUUCGACCCUGAGACAAACGCAUUCGUCAUGCCUUAUGCCCAGCCUGUCACUCGCCGUGCCAUGACACCUCCUCCGGCUGGCCGUCGUCCUGGUCCCGGUCGCCCAGGCCCCCGUCCUCGUGGUCCUAACGGCUCUAUCGGUGGCAUGAGCUUCCACAGUGGUCCUGGAGGACGAUCACGCGCUGGCUCUGCUCUUGGCCCUCGACCCGACUCUUCGGCUUCAGCUAGGAUGCGACAGCCUCCCAUGAAGAGGAUGCCUCCUCCUGCGCCUCUGACCACCUUGCCCACUCCUUCUAAGCUUCGAGACGACAACUCUUUCCUCAUCAACGCCGCCGACUUUGCCCCUCCCAGCACCAUUCGUGAUACGGCAGCCGGCCGUUCUCAAAGCCCCUUCGGCGAGAGACGACCUUACUCCCCCUCUGUACCUGCUGCUCAAACUCUAGCCUCGCCCUUCGAGGAGCUCGCCGCCCUUCCUAGCCCCCAUCUUCUCCGCAAGUCUGGUACAUUCACUGGUCUCGACUUUGCGCCCCCCAAGAAGUUCAAGGAUUCCGACAACAUGAGCGAUGCUGGAAGUAUCAGGAGUAACCGUAGUGGCAUGUCUCAAGCCCAGCUCGGAGCCAUCCGCAACGGAGCUGGACGUGUCAGCCGACUGCCUGGCGACCAAGUGUUCACUGCUGAUGCACUACAAGACACGCUGAAGCCAUCCUGGGGCAUCCGACCUUGA